AUCUUCAGUUAGGAACCUGUGCAGGGUCUCCUUCCAGGAGGUACUUCAGCAUAUACAGAAGUGCGUAACUGGUUUCCUGCAGAAAAAAAAGGGCUCAUCUCCCUUGGUAAGAGGAGCCACUUGUGCUGGCUGUCAGUGGGGAAGAGCUUCUACAGCAGUUGUGGCAGCCACCAUCCAUCCCCCUUGCCCCCAUUCAGAGGGGACCAGUGGUGAGCCUGGCAAGGCUGCCUGCAACCCGGCCAGGAUUAGCAAAAUGUUUGGUACAGUGGUGGUUGGAGUUGGAAUUGCUGGAUUAGCACGAAUCCGAGACUUGAUGAAUCCGAUGCCUUCCAGCCCUUCUGAGCACCUGAAACUCUUUGGAUUUGUAUCCAGGAGAAGUUUUGGCAAUAUUAAUGAGGCUAAGCAGAUUAGCCUGGAAGAUGCUCUGAGAAACAAAGACAUCCAUGCAGCCUUCAUCAGCACAGAGAACAAAAGCCAUGAAGAAACCAUCAGAAUGUUCUUAGAAGCUGGGAAACAUGUCCUUGUUGAGUACCCCAUGGCUUUGUCUGCUAAGGCAGCCCAUGAGCUCUGGGAGAUGGCUGAGCAGAAAGGUAAAGUACUCCAUGUGGAGCACAUUGAACUUCUUACUGAAGAGUACAAGCAGCUGAAAAAAGAAGUGGCUGGGAAAGACCUGGUGAAGGGAACAUUGCAUUUCACAGGUAGUGUCCUUGAUGAAAACAAAUCAGGAUUCCCAGCUUUCAGUGGAAUUGCUCGUCUGACGUGGCUAAUUGACCUCUUUGGAGACCUCACUGUUACCUCUGCCACCAGAGAGAAGCAGAAGGAUAAGGAUUAUUCCAGAAUGACUGUUCACUUUCAGACGGCAAACAAGAAACCCUUGACUUGGAUUGAAGAAAGAGGACCAGGGAUGAGACGUGAAAAGAAAAUCAACUUCUGUUUCACAAGUGGUUGCCUGGAGAACCUCCCUGAAGUCCCAAGGUCUUCUGUGGGCCUUUUCAUGCAGGAUCAGAACCUCUUUGCCAAGAAACUGCUGGGCCAGGUCUCCAAGGAGGAGCUGGCUGCUGAGAAAUGGCGAAUUCUGCGGUGUCUUGACCUUGCCGAGGUGAUCCAACAGUACUGUGAAGAGCCAGAGAAAAUCUAUUCCUGAGACUGCUCUUAGGGAAGGAAGAACACGGCAGACAGAAAAGCUGUAGGGCUAGAACUCACUGUUGUCAUCAAGCAGCUGCUAUUUCUGUUUAAUUACCUUAUUUUUGACUACUUGUGAUUCCUGGGCUCUCCAGGUGUUCUGGAAGAGUCUGGGCUAUACCCUGUGCCUUCUGGUUUGCACCAGACCAAAGCAUAUCCCCUGCUCUGAUGCAUCCCUGUCCUUUCAGGUAGUUAGGAACCUAGCAACAGCAAGCUUUCCUGUGAUUCAGCUGGGAAUAUCCCUGACAGUAGAUCCUGCAGGACUGUAAAUACUAUAUGUAAUUCUCUCUCCCAGGGUCUGUCCCCCCAUUCCAGAUGUGUCUGGAAAUGAACAUCUCAAUAGUAUUCAUGUACUAUUUUCGAGAAUGAAGUUCCAGUUCCGUUUUCCACCUCUUCACUUGAAAUACAGAACUUGUGCCACCGCA